AUGCAGUGCAUGCCAUGUGAAGCCCUCAGCUCACCCAGCUCUUCCUCUGUCUCGUGUCCUGCAGGUGCUGGAGGCUGGUCUCCUCUGGACUCCAAUAAGUAUCAGUGGCUGGAGAUCAAGCUGGAGCAGCGGACGGAGAUUACAGCCAUGGCCACUCAGGGCCGAUACGGGAGCUCAGAUUGGGUCACACGCUACCUCCUCAUGUUCAGUGACACGGGCCACAACUGGAGACCGUAUCGACAGGAAGAUAGUAUUAGGGCUUUUUCUGGGAACUCCAACGCCGACAGUGUGGUGAUGUACAAGCUCCAGCAUCCCGUCAUCGCUCAGUAUCUCAGAAUCCUGCCUCUGGACUGGAACCCCAACGGGAGGGUGGGACUGAGGCUGGAGGCGUACGGAUGCCAGUACAGCUCUGACGUGGCCGGUUUUGAUGGCAGUGGACACUUGCGCUACAGGCCGGAUCCCGGUGCCAAUCCCGCAGACAAAGACGUGUUAUCCAUGAACUUUAAAACCCUGCAGAACUCUGGGAUGCUGGUUCAUAUGGAAGGACACAGCGGACACACACUCACUUUGGAGUUAUUCAAAGGGAAACUCUUACUACUGCUUAGAAAAGGCAGGGGUUCGUUGGGGGAUGUUCACCCGCCCGUGUCACUCGGCAGUCUGCUGGACGACCAGCACUGGCACCACGUCACCAUCGAGCGGGUCCGAGGACUAGUUAACUUCACCGUUGACAAAAACACCCAGCAGUUACAGCUCCCCGAGUACUCGAGUCACUCUGAGAUAACCGAGAUCAGUUUUGGUGGUGCGUCAUUGGCUGGUCUCCAGAAAUCCCAUUCAAGAAGAAACUUCCAUGGCUGCUUGGAAAAUGUGCUUUACAACGAUAUCAGCGUGAUUAAUCGAGCCAAAGAGAACCAAGUGGCCAUUGCGGGGAAUGUCACCUUUACGUGCACCGAAUCCAUUGAUGUGCCAGUGACGUUUGCCAGUCCUGGAAGUUUCCUCGGUUUGCCGUGGGUCUCCAGUGGAGAAAGUGCGUCGGUCAGUCUGCAGUUCAGAACGUGGAACAGAGCGGGCCUGCUGAUGACCUUUGACCUGCAGCAUAAUGCAGGAACGCUGUGGCUUUAUCUGAGCGAGGCGAGAGCACGACUACAGAUCCAUAAGACCGGGCGCAUCAUGACGGACAUCACUGCAGGAGCCAAUUUAAAUGAUGGUCAGUGGCACUCGGUGGAGAUAGUCGUUCGUCGAGGGCGUCUCACAGUCACCCUGGACCAAACCGACAGCUCUGCAGCGACCACUUCCUUCCCCGUCACUCCUGACGGACAGAUAUUCUUAGGCGGGUGCCCGAACACGGAAGACGGCAUUGUCUGCAGAAACCCAUUCAGUGUUUUCCAAGGGUGCAUGCGCCUCAUCCGAACAGACACUGGUUUAGUGGAUCUUAUCAAAGUGCAGCAGAUGUUGUUUGGGAAUUUUAGCGAUCUACAGAUGGACAUGUGUGGGAUAGUUGACAGAUGCUCCCCGAGUCAUUGUGAACAUGGAGGGAGAUGCUCUCAGUCAUGGAGCACGUUUCACUGCAACUGUUCUGCCACGGGGUACAGCGGAGCGACCUGUCACAGCUCCAUUUAUGAAGCGUCGUGUGAGGCGUACAAACACAAAGGAAACACGUCUGGCUUUUACUACAUAGACGUGGAUGGAAGCGGCCCCAUCAAACCUCAACUAAUCUACUGCAACAUGUCAGAUAAAGCAUGGAUGGUGAUACAACACAAUAACACUGAGCUCACCAAAUUAAAAGCGUCGCCCGGGAUGAAUCAGCAUUUAGCCCACUUUAACUAUUCCGCCGACGCGGAGCAGAUCCGGGCGAUAAUCACCCAGGCUGAAUACUGUGAGCAGGAGCUCUCCUACCACUGCAAAAAGUCACGGCUCUUGAACACACCAGAUGGGACCCCCUUCAGCUGGUGGGUGGGACGUUCGGGUGAAGCGCACAUGUACUGGGGUGGAGCAGUGCCGGGGAGCCAGCAGUGUGCCUGUGGCCUUCAGGAGAACUGUGUGCAUCCUGAACACUUCUGUAACUGUGAUGCCGACAGCAAAGAGUGGUCUAAUGACUCCGGGCUGCUGUCCCAUAAAGAGCAUUUGCCGGUUGGAGCGCUGGCUAUCGGUGACAUUAGCAGAUCCGGUUCAGAGGCAGCCUACAGAGUGGGUCCCAUGCAGUGUUACGGUGACAGUAACUUCUGGAACGCCGCCUACUUCAACAAGGAGACGUCGUACCUGCACUUUCCCACGUUCCACGGGGAGCUGAGCGCUGAUAUCUCCUUCCUCUUUAAAACCAGCUCUUCAUCAGGAGUGUUCCUGGAGAACCUGGGGAUCAAAGACUUCAUUCGGAUUGAACUGAGCUCUCCGAAUCAAGUGGUUUUCUCGUUCGACGUGGGAAACGGUCCCUUCGAGGUGAGCGUUGAGACGCCCGGCGCUCUGAACGACAACCGCUGGCAUCACGUGAGAGCCGAGCGCAACGUGAAAGAGGCAUCGCUGUAUGUGGACCACCAUCCCGCGGCCCUUCAGAAAGCUCCCGCUGACGGACACAUUCAUCUGCAGCUCAACAGCCAAUUAUUUGUGGGAGGAACCGCAUCCAGACAGAAAGGGUUUCUAGGCUGCAUUCGGUCCCUGAAGCUCAACGGGAAGACGCUGGAUUUGGAGGAGAGGGCCGAGAUCACGCCCGGAGUGACGGCGGGGUGUCCCGGACACUGCAGCAGCUACGGGGACCUGUGCCAGAAUCACGGCACCUGUGUGGAGAAUUACAAUGGCUUCACCUGCGACUGCAGUCUCUCACCCUUCACUGGAACCUUCUGUCAUAAAGAUGUUUCUGCCUUCUUCAAACCCGGAACAUCAGUCACGUACACGUUUAAAGAGCCGUACGAGCUGAACAGGAACAUCAGCGCGCUGUCGUCCUCCAUCUACUCGGAUUUAACACUGAGAGGAGAGAACAUUUCGCUGAGCUUCAGGACGAGCCAAGCGCCAGCGCUGCUGCUUUACGUCAACUCGUACUACAGAGAAUACCUCGCCGUCCUGCUCAACAGAAACGGACAUUUGGACAUCAAGUACAAACUGCAGCACAACAGAGAGGCGGAGGCUUUCCGAGCCAGCGCCAGGAAUCUGGCCAACGGGCAACUCCACAGAGUGAGCGUCCAGAGACUCGCAGACACGCUCAGUGUUCAGGUCGAUCAGCAUGCAAAAGAAGAUUUCAAUCUAACAUCAGACAUUGAAUUCAACGCCAUCAAAUCUAUUGUCAUCGGAAAAGUGCUCGAAUCUGGUGAAGUGGAUCCAGAGAUCGGCCGUCUGAACGUUCUGGGCUUCACUGGCUGUCUGUCUGUGGUCCAGUUUAACUCCAUCUCUCCGUUGAAAGCGGCCCUGCUGUAUCCAGACACGAGUCCUGUCAUAGUCACCGGACCCCUGACCGAAUCCAGCUGUGGCUCGUCUUUACCGACAAACCCCUACGCAGCUGAGACCACUCAUUCUCUCACAGAUCAUGUGGGUACAGUAGGUGCGGGCGAGCCCAUAGUCAAUGCUAUCAACAGCGACUCGGCUUUGAUCGGAGGUGUCAUUGCCGUCGUGAUAUUUGUGAGUCUCGCCGCGCUGGCUGUGAUGGCGCGAUUCCUGUACCGGCGGAAAGAAACGUUUCAGACCCAAGAGCCCAAAGCGGGAAAAACAGACGACAGUCCCGAAACACCCUUUAACACGGAUCCGAACUCGCAGGGCGUUAUCAGUGACAACCAAAAAGAAUAUUUCAUAUGACGCUCUUUCACCUCGUGUCGGACUAAUCCAGUUAAACCAACGGACUGAAAUGCCUUGUCGAGUCUAGAGACAGUAACAUUCACGGUGCAUUAUGGGAAACCGUCCGUGAGACUGUCAUCCGACGGGGCGGCUGAAAAGAAGCGACGUGUCCCUCGGUUUAUGCCCUUUUUGUACAUAAAACAUUUAUUGUCCAGAGGUUUGGCACAAUAGUACGGUUUCUAAGGUGUGUAUGAUGACAUUCUUUGGUUGUAAAUAUUCUUUUGAAAUGAAACUUUGUAACGUCACUUUCUCCUUCUGCCUUUGAACGAUUCAGUGCUCAGUAUUACGUUUAACGGAGUUAAAGAAGCGAUCAUUGUAUAACUAAAUCCAAAUAAAUGUGAGUUGGCGAGUGUGAUGUUGUUGUGAAUAGAUGCGUUCGUGCAAAGGACUUGAGAUUUUGUGGAAAUGCACAAGGCUGUACACUCCGUAUUUAUCACUCUUGCCGUUUUCCCGUGCUUUUUCUCGAUUAUUUGCCAUUUGGAACAAAAAAAAUACAUCCUAUGACAGUUGUUUAUUGUGGACAA